UCUCUUUCUCCACAGGAGUGGCAUAGCAUGGGCGGCGGCAGCCAUGCAAGCUUCCCUCCACUGCCAUGCCAUUGCGUCUCCACCCUCUGCUGAAGAGAGCACUUCUGGAGCUGAUAUUAUUUCAACUAUUGAAUUCAACCACACAGGGGAAUUACUAGCAACAGGGGACAAAGGAGGUCGAGUUGUUAUAUUCCAAAGGGAGCCUGAGAGCAAAAAUGCGCCUUACUGCCAGGGCGAGUACAAUGUUUACAGCACCUUCCAGAGCCAUGAACCUGAAUUUGACUAUUUGAAGAGUUUGGAAAUAGAAGAAAAAAUAAACAAGAUAAAAUGGUUGCCACAGCAGAAUGCAGCCCACUCUCUUCUGUCAACAAAUGAUAAAACUAUCAAACUGUGGAAGAUAACUGAGCGAGAUAAGAAACCUGAGGGAUACAAUUUAAAAGAUGAGGAAGGAAAGCUGAAGGAAUUUUCUACAGUGACCUCACUUCAGGUGCCUGUACUGAAGCCCACCGACUUGAUGGUUGAAGUCAGCCCAAGAAGAGUUUUUGCAAACGGCCACACCUAUCACGUGAAUUCCAUUUCCGUGAACAGCGACUGUGAGACCUACAUGUCUGCAGACGAUCUCAGGAUUAACCUUUGGCAUUUGGCAAUUACAGACCGGAGCUUCAACAUCGUAGACAUAAAACCUGACGACAUGGAGGACCUGACCGAAGUCAUCACUGCCUCUGAGUUCCACCCCCACCACUGCAACCUUUUCGUCUACAGCAGCAGCAAGGGGUCCCUGCGGCUCUGCGACAUGAGGGCCUCCGCGCUCUGCGACAAACAUUGCAAGCUUUUUGAAGAACCAGAAGAUCCCAGUAGCCGUUCCUUUUUCUCAGAAAUUAUUUCUUCUGUGUCAGAUGUAAAAUUCAGCCACAGUGGACGCUACCUGCUAGCGAGGGAUUACCUCACUGUCAAAGUUUGGGAUCUGAAUAUGGAAACGAAGCCUAUAGAAAUAUAUCAGGUUCACGAUUACCUUAGAAGCAAAUUGUGUUCACUCUAUGAAAAUGACUGCAUCUUUGACAAGUUUGAAUGUGCGUGGAAUGGGUCUGACAGCGUCAUCAUGACCGGGGCCUACAACAACUUCUUCCGAAUGUUUGACAGAGACACGAAGCGCGAUGUUACUCUGGAGGCCUCGCGUGAGAACAGCAAGCCACGAGCCGUUCUGAAACCUCGCCGCGUCUGCGUUGGGGGCAAGAGACGGAAAGACGAUAUCAGCGCUGACAGCCUGGACUUCACCAAAAAGAUUUUGCACACGGCCUGGCAUCCCACAGAGAACAUCAUUGCUAUUGCAGCCACAAACAAUCUGUAUAUCUUUCAAGACAAAAUGAACACGGAAAUGCACUAGAGUCCUCUGGAUAGACACAUCUUUGGACCUGCGACCACACAGCUGCUUGGUUUAUGAGAUAGAGGCCUUUAUUUGGAAGUGAACUCCCUGCAAAUCAAUGGAGUUUACUCCCCAGUAAAUGUCCACAGCAAUAAGGUGGGAUGAGGUGGAUUAAUUAUUCAGUGACCCGCCACCCAGUCCUUUGGUGACCACGUUAUGUUUUAAUUCAUUGCAACAGCCACACAGUCAUCUCAAAAUAAAUUCUCCUUAUGACCAGG